AUGCGUCUCAGUUCCAUUCUUGUACACUUCUUCCUUGCCGCCACGACACAGGCUCACGCCGGCGCCGGCCCCCUUGUCCGAAGUGUUGAACCAAUCUCAGGCACGUUCCAGCAGCUCAUUGAUCACAAGAACCCCAAACUCGGAACCUUUUCCCAGCGGUUCUGGUACAGCACGGAAUACUAUGCAGGACCCGGCUCUCCCAUUGUGCUACGUGCCCCCCCUGAAAGUGAAUCCAGUGGAGAUAUCAGCAACUUCACGCUGAUCGGCAAGCUUGCCGAAAUCCUCGGCGGCGCAGCUAUUGUCCUAGAGCACCGAUACUGGGGUGGAAGCUCGCCGUAUCAAAACCUGACCAUAGCCAACCUCCAACAUCUAAAUCUUGACAAUGCCAUACAGGACCUCACCUACUUUGCCAACAACGUCAAGUUGCCAUUUGACAGCAAAGGAUCUACUAGGCCAACUGAAGCCCCUUGGAUCCUAGCUGGCUGCUCGUACUCAGGUGCUCUAACGGCAUGGACGUACGCUCUAGCCCCGGGUACCUUCUGGGCUUAUUACUGCUCGAGUGCUGUCGUCCAGGCCAUUUCUGACUUUUCGCAAUACUUUGAGCCAAUAAAAAAGGCCAUGCCUCAGAAUUGCACCACAGACAUGCAGAGCGCCAUCCGAUACAUUGACGGUGUCCUGUCCACUGGGUCUCAAGAGGACAAGCAUGCGCUCAAGUCCAAGUUUGGCUUGGAAGCCCUCACCUACGACGACGAUUUCGCGAAAGCCCUUGUUACUGCUCUUCAGAGGUGGCAAGGAACCAUGUUCUUCAAGUCCAAGACGCGCGAUCCCCAAAACAUGUUGUACGAAAUGUGCGACUACAUCGAGAACGUAUUUCCCAACAAACCAAGUGUCAUGCCGGGCGCCGAGGGGGUUGGCUUGGAAAUGGCCCUCGACGGGUUCGCGCGGUGGUCCAAAAACGAAGUUCUCAAAUCCUGCUCAGUCUCUCCUUACUGGAAGGGCCAAAACACAACGGCUUGUUUUGAGAAGCACAACAAGACGAAUCCCAUGUUCACAGACAUCUCGGUCGGCAACGCAGGCGACAGGCAGUGGCAGUGGCUUCUGUGUAACGAGCCAUUCCAGUGGUGGCAGGUUUCCGGCCCCAGCGAAACCACCGGCCUCAUCUCCAAAUUCCUUACUGUGGAGUACCAAAAAAUGCAGUGCGACUUUUACUUCCCAAGCGACGGUGAGUAUACCAACGGCCUGGCGGCCGGACGAACCGCCGAGCAGGUCAACAAGAAGACUGGCGGCUGGGACAUGGGCGAGACUAGGCGUCUGAUGUGGGUGGAUGGAGAGUAUGAUCCAUGGAUCUCGGCCUCCGUCUCGGCCCCCGGCAGACCCGGAGGUCCGUUGAAGUCGACGGAUCAGGCUCCCGUGUGGGUGAUUCCCAAAGCAGCGCACUGCAACGACAUGAUGGUGGUCAAUGCCGACGUCAACGCCGACAUGGCGAGGAUUUUGGGUGAGGUUUUGGCCAAGAUGAAAACUUGGGUAGAUGAAUUCUACGUCGAAAAGGGCAAGACGCGUCCGUAA